GUGUCCCCAAAUCCGAAGAAAUUUCAUGGUGGCUGAGAUUUCUCUACUCCAUUGAUGCUUCUUGGGUGAGCUCUGGAUCGUCUCUCAUGGUGGUUCUUGAGCGUCGGAGGAUGGGAGGAGAGUAGCGGAGAGUGGAGGUAUGCGAAGUGGGAUGCUCUGGUUGCGUGGUUUUCUAUUUUGGAUCUUUUGAAGCUCGGUUUUGGAUUGGGUGAGGGUUUUUGAGUGAUUUUAUUGCUUUGAUUUACUAGGGUUUUGUUGGUGUUUGGAGGAUUCUUCUGUUGUUUGUGUUCUUAUGGCUUUGGUGCAGAUUGGGAUGAGGUAUUUUCUCCGUCAAGUUGAGCGUUUGGUUGGGGAUAUGGAGGGAGGAUGCUUGAUUUUUGUGCAGGAUUUGAAGGCUCGGUGAACUUUGGAUUUUAGUGUUUAUAUGUUGGAUUUUGAGUUCUUGGGGUUUGGGCAAUGGAUGCAUGUUCUUCUGGAGAGGAGUUUGUCGUUAAGACAAGGAAGCCGUACACCAUCACGAAGCAGAGGGAGAGGUGGACGGAGGAGGAGCAUAACAGGUUUCUUGAAGCUUUGAAAUUGUAUGGGAGGGCAUGGCAGCGUAUUGAAGAGCAUAUUGGUACCAAGACUGCUGUGCAGAUCAGAAGCCAUGCGCAAAAGUUCUUCUCAAAGUUGGAAAAAGAAGCUUCCCUGAAGGGGAUUCCUCUGGGUCAAGCUCAUGACAUAGAUAUUCCUCCACCACGACCAAAGAAGAAGCCAAGCAAUCCAUAUCCUCGAAAAGUUGGUUCAGGUAACAUCUCUUCAUCUGCGGAAGUGAAAGAUCGGAGAAAAUCACUUUAUUCCCCCAGUGCGAGUUUGCAAAUUCAGGCCACGGGAAAGGUUGCACCUGUAGAGAAACCUGUAACCGAAACUCAGCAAAGAAAGAAAGAAACUUCUGAAGAUGGCAGUUGCUCAGAAGUGCUUGAUCUUUUCCAGGUUUUACCAUCUGUUCCCAUAUCAUAUGCGGCUGAGAACUGUUCAAAUCCUUAUUCGUUCAGGGAAUUUGUCCCUUUGUUGAAAGAAACCAGUGACAAGACUCUAGUGGAUAAAUCCUCUAUGACCAUCAAUAGCAAUGUGGAAACAGGAUCCGAUGAUGCAGCUAUAUAUCAUAAGAACACAGAGAGGAUGCAUGGAAUAUGCAAAAAUAUGCAGGCAGAAUCAAUCACAGAAGAGAUUGCAGUUAUGCUAAAAAAGCCAGAGAUGCCAGUUUCAUCAAUCAAGGAUAAUCCACAAGGUUUUAACAGCUACCAAAAGUACGUUGUUGAUCAAGCUGAAGAAAACAGCAGUGCAAAAUGCAGAGAAACUGCAGAUCCUCAGAGCAAGAUCCACUCGAAAGUUCACAAUCUUGGAGUUCCAUCAAACGUGAAUCCAUUCACAACUCCAAUAAUACCUGGAAUACCUCAAGCCUAUGCCAGCUCUGCAACCAUUCAUCCACUGGUUCAACCUGUUCCACCUUUUACCCAAUUCUGCAGCAUUCCUGGUGCUGCCUAUAGAUCAUUCAUGAAUAUCUCAUCGACAUUUUCAAGCCUCAUCCUAUCCACCUUGUUGCAAAACCCUGCAGUUCAUGCAGCAGCUUGUUUGGCUGCAUCCUUCUUCCCAUCUUCUGGUGCUGAUGCUGCUGCUGCCGCCGCCGCUGCUAAUUCAACAACUGCAGAAGUCUUUGGCGGCGAAGUUCCAGGGCGACACAUGAAUGCCAUUCCAAGUAUGACAGCCAUUGCUGCUGCCACAGUUGCUGCUGCCACAGCAUGGUGGGCGACACACGGAUUAUUGCCUCUUUUCCCACCUCAUUUGCAAUCUGACCUGAUGUUCACUCAUCCUACAGUCACAACUACAGUCGGGAACACAGAUAUUGCUCAAGCUUCAGAUAUUAUCAGAGAAAGAGAUGAUGAAUUUAGACCUUCUGCACAAGAAGAUCGGAAAGGUGAACAAUCUCAUCUUCCAAGAUCACAGCAUGACUCCUCAUCAACAUCAGACUCAGAUGAGAGUGAGCAAGGAGAAAGAUCACAAUGCAAUUCUGAUCUGAAAGAUUUAAAAGCUAACAACAUGUUCAAAUUGCAACCACAAACUGAAUUACAUGACUCUAUUAACACUUGUAAAAAGAAGGCUUAUCGUUCGUCAUGUGGCUCUAACACACCUUCCAGCAGUGAAAAAGACUUUGCUAAUGCAGCAGAGAAGGCAAAGACUGAGGAAACCAAAGAAGCAAGCCAGGACCAUGUAUCAAACGAGACUAACCAUCGUCGCAAUAGAAGCAGUGGGACAAUAAAUGAUGCUUGGAAGGAAGUCUCUGAAGAGGGUCGUCUCGCAUUCCAAGCUCUAUUUAGAAGGAAUGUGCUACCACAAAGCUUCUCACUGCCACACUCCAUGAAAAGGGAGCAGCGACUGCAUUUGCCUGUUGAUCUCAACCGGAUGGUCUAUUUAUCAAAUGAUCUUGAUCAGACCGAAGAAUCACAAACCAAAGAGACAAUGAUUAUAAGCAAUGGAAACUCGGCAAAAAGAUGCAUUAUAUCUGAACCUGAACAUGCUAAGCUAAAAGCUCAUCGGACCGGAUUUAAGCCUUACAAGAGGUGUUCCAUGGAGGCAAAGGAAAACAGGGUCAAUGCCGGUGAAGAUCAAGUUAAUAAGAGGAUUAGAUUGGGAAGCAGAAGCUUCAAACUGAUUUCUCAGUACAGAAAUUUAUUCAAGAUAAACAAUUUAGUACUACUAGUAAAGUGCUAAAUCAGUUAAAUAUGGUUUUCAAGACUCAAAGAACCUGAAAAACUUGAGAAAGACUUAUUUGUGGACAAGUACUCUCGUCAUGCACUCUCUGUUUACUUUCCAACUGUAUGUUCAAAUCUAUUUGUGCUCUUUUUUAUCAUACCAAGGACCAAACAAUAUGAACUUUUUCUUUAAUGUCAUUAUAUAUCUGCAGUUCUUUCUCA